GUAAAUAAUUUGUUGUUUCCAUGAUGUGUAUACAUGUAUAUACAUACACAUACAUAUAUAGGUAUAUGUAUGUAUGGAUCAAUGCUUGUUUGCUGCCCACAGGGAUCUAAGGGGCAGAACAGCCCUGCACCUGGUGAUCGCACACUGGCCAACCAUCGCUGCUAUUUGGGCAGAGCCUCGGACCAAGUUCCAGCGUGCCAUGGCGGCCAUGCAGAGCCGCACAGAGGCAUGCCUCAGGGUGCUGUGCCAGUUUGGAGUUGACCUCAACGCCGAGGUGGCGAGUGACAGCCGGCACACCGCCCUACAUCUCGCCGUGCGCUACGGGGCCACCCCGGCUGUGGGAAUCCUGUCCAGCUAUGGCGCCGACACAAACGCUGUGGACCGCUUUGGCAUGACCCCCCUGCACAUGGCGGCGGGGAUCCUGAACAGGGACAUGACUGAGCGGCUUGUCCACUUUGGCGCCGACGUGAACACCAGCAUCCCGCACUCCGGGAGCACCGCUCUGCACCUCGCCAUCACCACGGCCUCCACCAAGGGGGGCAAGCUCCUGGCUGUCGACUUGUGCUGCAUCCAUCAGCUGCUGGAUCGCGGCGCCAAGCCCAACACGCAAGAUAAGAGCGGCAGGUCCCCCCUCCACGAGGCCUGCUGCGGGGGCAGGGAGGCGAUUGUGGACCUGCUGCUGAAAUUCGAAGCGGACGUGAACCUCCUGACCAAAGCUGGGGAGAACUGCCUUUUCCUUUUCCUAGAACGAUGCCUCAACCUGAAGAACACGUCCCUCCUGAACAAGCUGCUCACCCUCACCUACCCGCUGAGGAUCACCAAUAGCGAUGGCAUCCUGCCCAGCGGGCUGCUCUAUCCUGAGUGCCAGGAUCAGAAAGACUUCCUGCUACACCUCACCCAGCAGCCCUUGGACCUGCAGGAUAUCUGCAGGAUUGAAGUCCGCAAGCGUUACGGGGAGAAGCACAAGGACGAGCUGAAGCUGAUCCUACCCAAAACUGUGUUGGACUUUGUCUACAGCUGUCAGGAUUACUCCCAACGCGUGAACAUAGCUGGCCCAGUCAGAGGGACGUUUCCAUCACUUCAUGAAGAGCUGACACACACCUUUAGUGACAUGAACUUGCUGGAACAGGCUUCACCUCCGUAGCUCUCAUUGCUCAUGUACACUAAGCAGUGUCAUGAGACUGCCAAUGUACUAAUAAAGACCAGACCUGGAAUUAAAUAAAGCUUCAUCCCUCUGUUCUGGAGGUGGGAGGGGUUGGCAUAAUGCCUAUAAUCUAAUAGCGUUCCAUCCACCAUGAAUUUACAUUCAAUACAUUCUUGACCAAUUUAAUAAACUCAAGCAAGUGUUUAAUCAGAGAAACCAUUUAACCACUGCUACCCAAAACCAAGUUGUUUCUUGCUAGUUUUCUACCUUAGUAAACAGUAAAUAUUUUUUGA